GGGAGGUGUUUUUGGCCAUGGAAGUGGAAGAGUCCUCCCCCGUCGCUUAGAUGGAGUUGGUACGGUCCUUCAUGGCGUAAAGUUUCCUUCCGCGUCGAGCACAGUGUGUGAGCCUGACACAAAGAGGAGAGGAGAAGAGCGGCAACAUGGCAGACAUGGACCCUGCGACAACAACCCAAACAGAGUCCAUGAUGGAGGAAGAGGCGUCUCUUUUCAGCAGCCUUGACAUCAUCCUCGUCACCCUAUUGGCUGGCGUUGUCCUUUAUUUUGUCAUGAACCGCAAGAAACCUGAGCCCAUCCCCGAAUUCAAGAAGCUUGAUACGCCAGCACCCACCACACGAGAGACGAGUUUCAUCGAGAAAAUGAAGAAAACUGGAAAGAACAUCAUUGUGUUCUACGGCUCCCAGACGGGCACAGGAGAAGAAUUUGCAAACAGACUUUCCAAAGACGCUCAGCGCUAUGGCAUGAAAGGAAUGGCUGCUGAUCCAGAGGAGUAUGAAAUGGGGGAGCUGUCCCGUCUGUCUGAGAUUCCCAACUCACUCGCCAUAUUUUGCAUGGCCACCUAUGGUGAAGGAGACCCAACAGAUAAUGCCCAGGACUUCUAUGACUGGCUGCAGGAAAAUGAUGAUGAAGACCUCUCUGGGCUAAACUACACUGUAUUUGCUUUGGGCAAUAAGACAUACGAACACUACAAUGCAAUGGGAAAAUAUGUGGAUAAAAGACUGGAAGAGCUGGGAGCCAAACGCAUCUUUGAUCUUGGUUUGGGAGAUGAUGACGGCAAUCUGGAAGAGGACUUUGUUUCAUGGAGAGAGCAGUUCUGGCCAGCCGUCUGUGAGCACUUUGGAGUGGAAGCCUUAGGAGAUGAGUCAAGCAUUCGGCAGUACGUGGUGAAGGAACACACCGACAUCAACAUGAACAAAGUGUACACAGGAGAGAUUGGCCGCCUGCAGAGUUUUGAGGUCCAGAAGCCGCCCUUUGAUGCAAAGAACCCUUUCCUGGCUCCAGUCACUGUUAACCGCAGGCUGAACAAAGCUGGUGAUAGACAUCUUAUGCAUCUGGAGCUCGACAUAACCGGCUCCAAGAUCAGAUAUGAGUCAGGAGACCACGUUGCUGUUUUCCCCACGAACGACUCUGCACUGGUGAACAAGUUGGGACAGCUUCUUGGAGUGGACCUUGAUGUGGUUAUCUCUCUUAACAACCUUGAUGAGGAGUCCAACAAGAAGCAUCCUUUCCCCUGCCCCACCACCUACCGCACAGCCCUCACUCACUACCUGGACAUCACCCAGUCUCCUCGCACCAACGUCCUCUAUGAGCUGGCACAGUACGCCUCCGACCCCAAAGACCAGGAAAAUAUGCGCAAGAUGGCGUCCUCCUCCCCCGAGGGCAAGGCACUCUACCAGAGCUGGGUGUUAGACUCCUGCAGAAGCAUCAUCCAUAUCCUAGAAGACAUGCCCUCUCUGAAGCCUCCUAUUGACCAUCUGUGUGAGUUGUUGCCUCGUCUCCAGGCUCGCUAUUAUUCCAUCGCUUCCUCCUCGAAGGUUCACCCCAAUAGCAUCCACAUUUGUGCAGUAGUUGUGGAGUACGAGACCAAGACCGGCCGCACCAACAAGGGGGUUGCAACCAACUGGUUGAAAAACAAGCUGGUCACUGACAACGGCCACAAGUCCACCGUUCCAAUGUACAUCCGCAAAUCUCAGUUCCGCCUUCCCUUCAAAGCCACCAACCCAGUGAUCAUGAUCGGACCUGGCACUGGAAUUGCUCCUUUCAUGGGCUUCAUCCAGGAGAGAGGCUGGCUCAAACAGCAAGGAAAGGAGGUUGGAGAGACAGUGAUGUAUUUCGGCUGCAGACAUAAGAAUGAGGAUUAUCUCUACCAGGAGGAGCUGGAGGAAGCAGAGAAGACCGGAGUGUUGACACAGCUUAAUGUCGCCUUCUCCAGAGACCAGGAGCACAAGGUGUACGUGCAGCAUCACCUGAAGAAAAACAAGGAGAACAUCUGGAAGCUGGUUAACUCAGAAAAUGCUCAUAUCUACAUCUGCGGGGAUGCAAGGAACAUGGCUAAGGAUGUGCAGGCGGCUUUCUAUGAGAUCACAGAAGAGCUAGGAGGCAUGACGCGCACCCAGGCCACAGAUUAUGUCAAGAAACUGAUGACCAAGGGACGCUACUCACAAGAUGUGUGGAGUUAAAGAGCCUCAUACCUAGCCUCACUAUUUACUACUAAGAUGGUAGUUUUAAAGUUUCUGUUUUUGUUGUUUGUCUUGUUCAGAACUGAAUUUAAAAACAUUAGAUACUUGUUCAUACUCACCCUGGUUCAUAUGAGCUACAGGUAGCAGAAUAUCAUGAGGCCAACUCUACCUCAAAACCAUUCCGUAGUUUCAACCUCUAUUUCCUGCUUCCAUUUUUACCUUGAUGUGUCUCCUGACGUCCUCGUUUGACACGCAAACAGUUACCCACAGAGACCGUAAAGAGUCAGAAUGAAUGAAUUGGUGUAACUGGGUGUUUGACUGCAACUCUGGGCGCUCAGAUAUCAUGAGUAGAAAUCCUCGAAAUUCAUUCAUCAUGAACUCUUACUUCAAACACGAACGACAGGAUGUGAAUGCAGCAAAGAGUCAUCUUGAUUUUGAUUAGAUACGUUUGAUUAGAUACAGGUUGUAGAUGUAACACUAUAAAGGAUAAUAUACCUGCAUCUUUUGUGUCAGUGAAGAAAAGGAGAGUUGCAUGUUGCUGCUGCAGUAUGAACAGUCAGGAUUGUGACAUGAAAAGGUGCUGACUUUAGUUUCGCUCUGAGCUGAUCUCGUAAUGCUUUUGAAAGUACAUAAAGUAUAUAAAAUAUUUUUAAAACUGUAAAAAUUCUGUGAGGAAAAUGUUUGGUGUAAGAAACUGAUAUCAUAGGUACAAUUGUAUGUUUACCUUUGUAUUUUGAGAAGGGAGUUUGCCUUUUAUGCAUUAGUUGCUGUUCGUUUUAAUCGGUAACGGUAACCUUUUGAGAGGCACAAAAGUGAUGCAAAGGAGACGAGCAUACAUAGAAAACAUGAGAUUCUGUGCAUUAUAUCUUUAUUAAUAGCCUGCCUGUAAACUUAAUUAAAAGGAAUUUCUUUUAGUAAUGUUGGUCUGUAAAAUUGAAGUGUUGGACUUGAAACCAGAUCUGGCCUCCCAAAAUGACUCUCGUUUAUUUUAUAUGCAUUCAAAAGCAGAGGGUUGUCUGGUUUUUUAUGUGGCAACGACAACCAUCUCUGGCUGAUUUUUCUGUUUUAUUGUCUCAUUUUACCCGGCCACAUACGCACCACUACACAGAGAAGAUGAGCAGACAUAUCUGAACGUUUUUUGUUUCCAGCAUCUGUCAGCCAGUGAUCAGCCCAGUAUUUUUGUAAGAAUAUGGAGAGUUUGAGGAGGUCGGCCAACCACUUAAAGUGCAGCCCGUGCCUUUUUAACACUGCCUUAUGUAUGAAGUUAGCAUUUAAACCCUGAUGCUUCACUGUCUUUUUAAUACUGUAUUUUUUUCUUCUAUGCUUACAUUUUGAUAGCAAGUCAAAUUCAUCUGAGACACUUUAUCCAGCGCUGUCACUUUUUGUUAUUCCACUUUUUAAUGUAAUUAUUUGAUUGUAUGGAGGCAUGCUUUUUUUUAAUGAAUAAAAUUGGAAUAAUUUGUCAGGUUGA